AUGGCGAAACCUGCAACCACAGAAUGGAAUGACCGUAAAAUAUGGGAAUCCUCGGGCUUUCUGCGCUUUCUGACAGAUCAUGACAUUGACGCAAGCGAUCUCUUAAGUUCUACAACCAAAAGGGAUUUAUUGCGCUAUAUUCGACUCAAGCAAGUCAACAACUCUGGAAAGGUCGAAGAUGAUCGCUUGCAAUUGAUCGCCGCGGACCUUGCGCGAAAAGCAACAAGAAAGGUAUCUGCAGAGUUUGAACCUAAAGGCUGUCCGUGGCUUCCCGGCUUUUAUUCGCUGCCAGUCUCAGCCCCAUUGGCUAGUGUUGAUCUGUACAAGAAAGGUGAAGUCUACGGUAUCGACAUUUCGUCGGGUUACGCUGUAAAGUUAUUAAAUCUUGAACCGGGAGAGCAUGUGCUAGACUUGUGCUGUGCUCCAGGUGCCAAAUUGGCAAUGGUUGCUGAUCUUUUGCACCUUUGUGGAAGUGUCACGGGUGUAGACUGUUCUCGCUCAAGGUUGGGAGCAUGUAAGCAGUUGGUGCACAAGUACGGGCUCGUUGAGUCUCAAAGUGAAUCAGAACAAUGGAGGUGUAGAUUGUUCCAUGCAGACGGGAGCACUUUCAGCAUCGGUCCAAAGACAGAGUGUAUGCAUCUGGAUGGAGUUGAGUUGUUAUUUGACACAAAUGAGAUCGCAUCAAGAUCUUCUAAAAGUCGGAUGAGGAAGCGCAAAAACAAGAGCGCACGGUCUCGAGAUGCCAAGCGCCAAAAAGUUUUGGAACAUGACUCGACACUAUACGAUAAGGUGCUCGUGGAUGCUGAGUGUACACAUGACGGAUCCAUUCGUCACCUCCAGCGUUUGAACUCGACAUCAAGAUGGAAUGAAUACGUGCGAGAUCAUUUAAAUCUGAGUGAAAUCGAACGGAUACUUAAACUUCAGCGUGCGCUUAUCCGAAAUGGCUUUAGUUUGCUUCGCUCCGGAGGUUUACUGAUUUACAGCACGUGCUCUUUAUCUUUUAAGCAGAAUGAAGAAAUAGUAUCGGAAUUGCUACAAGAUGAACCGCUGGCUUUGCUCGAUCCGAUCGUCGCUGGCAACGAUGUCCCUUGUCGAGAGGGAAAACUUCCAGGCACUUUACGCUUUAUUCCAUCUCAGAAUACCAGCGGUCUUUUCAUAGCUCGCAUUCGCAAGAUCAAUCAGUGA